CUCCACCAGGGGUCGCACUUCAGUUGUUUUUCUAUGCGGAACCAUCGUGCAACAGCUCCUCAGUACGGCGGACAGAGAAGAGUGUGACACACUGUCGAAACAGCAACAAUGUGAAAAGAAGGUUCUUUGACAGUGGUGUGAGGGGGUAAACCAAGAUGGCCACCGGCCGUGUUCCGCUAGUCUUGCUAGCCUGCGGCUCCUUUAAUCCUAUCACCAAUCAGCACAUGAGGCUGUUUGAGCUGGCCAGAGACCACAUGCACAGCACAGGCCUGUACCAGGUGGUGGGUGGCAUCGUGUCUCCAGUGAGUGAUGGCUAUGGAAAGCAAGGCCUGGUACUGGCUAAACACCGAAUCGCUAUGACAAAACUGGCGCUCCAGAGCUCCAACUGGGUCACGGUUGAUGAAUGGGAGAGCGAGCAGCCAGACUGGACAGAGACUGUGGUCACCAUGAGGUAUCAUUAUGGGCGUAUCCUGAAGGAGUAUGAACAGAGCACAGGAACGCACAACAACUCCAGUGGAAACACCAGUCCCCUCUCAAGCCCUUUUCCCCAGUUGAAGCUUCUGUGUGGGGCUGAUUUCCUCGACACUUUCAAGAUCCCUGGCCUGUGGCGAGACGACCACGUGGAGGAGGUGGCUGGGCGUUUUGGCCUGGUCUGCGUCAGUCGAGGGGGGCAUCAACCCGAGCGAGCCGUGCAUGAGUCGGACACGCUCUCGCGCCACCAUCAAAACAUUUUCCUGGUGAGGGAAUGGGUGAAGAAUGAGAUGAGUGCCACCGAGGUCCGCCGGGCUCUGAGACGGGGUCUAAGUGUGAAAUACCUGAUCCCAGACUCUGUGAUAGAAUAUAUUCACCAGCACAAGCUCUACACAGAUGACAGCGAGAGGAGAAAUAAGGGCAUGGCACUGAGGCCGCUCACCAAGCAGGCUAAACAGCCAGUGAAGAGUCUAGAUGACUGAUAGAUGGACUGCUGCAGCGUUGAGCAGAACAUGGGAGCCCUUGAAGUGUGAAUGCACUCACAGAUCAAUGCUUGUCUUCGGGGACUGGAGGCUCUGCUAACUUCCACUGGACUGCAGUGUGAUAGAGGUUUGCACAAUCCACCAGUUGGCGUAAAUGUGUUUUCCAGGCAUCACAUGUGUUCAGUAGGAAGCAUCUACACAGUUCUGUGGUGUCUUUUGAAUCAUACACAUGAAAUGUUGCAAAUGAACAUUCGUUUGCUAAAUGUUUUCAACCUUUGUAGUUUUCCACAUUGCACAUCAUUGCAGAGAUGGAUAAAUUGAAAUACAAUCCUCUAUCUUUGAA